UCCAAGUGCCCCCGCCACGUCGCUCACGUAGCCCCGCGCUGCCACCGGUAUCAUCGCCGCGAGCAAACGCGGCCGACGACGACGACCAUGUCGUCGCGGGCGCCGCCGGCAACCGCCGCAACGCGCGGAGCCGAGGGCGCCACGGACCACCUGUGGGCGAAGGCGGCCGAGCUGGAGCGCGACUUCGAAGGGUACAAGCGCCGGCUCGCCGAGCGGAUGGCGCAGGCCGCCGCCGAGGUCGCGGGCGGCCGCGCCGACGAGGAGGAGCGCCGCGGCCCCGGGGACGCGGCCGGCAGGGGGAAGAGGUACGAGGAGUACGUGAGGAGGAGGGACGAGCGGCUGCGCCAGGAGUGGCGCGCGCGCAUGGAGCGCAAGGAGGCCGAGGUGCAGGCGCUCUGGGCGCGCCUCGACCGCACCGGCUCGCGCCGCCGCCGCGGCGGCGACGGCGAGCUCGCGGCCGCCAUCCACGCCAGAGAGGAUCAUGGUCAUCUGCGGCAAAAGACCGGGAACCUGGAGGUGAAAGUGAAACCAGCCGCCCCUGUCACGCCAAGAUGCGGCCCGGCCACGAAGCUCUCGCGCCCGCGGACCAGCAUGCCGUCGUCACCGGCGGCGGCCAGCUCGAGGCUGUCCACCCCUGACCCCAGGCGGCGUCCGCCGCACCUGCACCGGGAGCAGCCGCAGGCGGAGCCACCCGCCACGCCACGGAAGGAGAACAGGCUGCCGCCGCCGUCCACCGCCACCGUGGCAUCACCCGGCACGCCGAGGCCGAGGACGAUGCUGUCACGGAGCAGGAGUAUGUUCAAGGACCGCGGCUGCUCGUCCGUCACCGUCAGGGAGAGCCCCAGGCCGCCGCGGUUCCAGUCCCCUCGGUCGAGCUACGACAGUGCCGGCAACCUCAAUGAGCCGUCUCUGCCACUCCACGCCGACGCUAUUGCCGUGAUGCAGAGGAGUAGUUCGUGUUCCAGCAAGCAGCCUGUUCUCGCCGAUCUCAAGAAGUCUUCUGCCGUUGCUCCCGAGCCGUUUCAUCCUAGGAGAUCAGGCCAUGGCGUCGAGCCCGCGUCACCACCUCCGGUGAUUCCGAGGGACGAACCUGGCAGCAGCGAGAUUGCUCCGGCCAGUGAUGGAAAUGCUGACAACGAAAGCAACCACGAACACGCGGAUCAGUCUUCAGACAAGUUCGGGAGUGUAGAGAUCACCGGUGACUCUGACACCGAGCCGAGCUACGUGUACAUCAAGAAGGAUAGGGAUGAGCAAACUCCACGGCCCUGUCAGGCAUCGCCUGGUCUUGGGACAUGUCCAGGGUCCGAACAACCGCGGUCUGAUAACAGGAACAGCGACAAUGUCGACGACACCAUGGAAUCAACCGGCAGCGACGACGUCUCUGGAGAAACCACGGUGACAGACGCAGAAGAAGCUUCCCGGAGGAAGAGCUCUGAAUCUCUGUACUCAAACGUUCAGUCUUCGUUCUCCCCAAGAUCAGAGCUCGACACAUCGGCCACCGAUUCCCCGCUACCCAGCGCCACCGAGAAAUCGCCGGAAUCCAGCGCUUCACCACGGCCACGGACGGAGGUUGAGGAUGCCGAGAAGAGCCUACCAGUCCCGACCACACCGAGGAGCAACGUUACCGUUUCCAUCACCGUGCAGUCACCGAUGGACGCCGUGACCGGGCUCAAGCGGUUCCUGACCUUCGGCAAGAAGAACAGCAAGGGAAGUGAGGCCGCCGCCGUUGUCGAGCGCACUCCGCAUUCCAUGGCCCCUGCCCCUCCGCAUGGUGAUGGCUGCAUGAGUGGAGAGUGGCCGGCAGGUGACUCUGUCAAGGUGCGAUCGGGCUCCUCCGAUGUUGUUUCGGCAGAUGAUCUGGACCACAGUUAUGUCAUCUCUCCACACGUUCGGUCUUUGCAAAGCUUUGAGCCAUCUUAUCCUGCAAAUCCUGAACUGAAGGAACCGGUUCUGCACGCUAAGUCACCAAGAGUACACCGAUCGUUUUUCUCAUUUUCAUCGUUCAAGUCCAGAGCAAUUUGAUUUCAGAUUCGAGGACUUGUUGAUGUGUAUUUCACAUAUCAGAACUUCUUGGAUCACCUGAUACGGCAAUCAGUGAUAGAUGUUCAGAAUUUAUUGGUUUAAAGCAUUGGAGCAACAGAACAAUUGGUCAAUAUGAAGCCUGAAUAUUAUGCCAUGUCUAAAGUCCUAUAUAUGGAGCCUGAAUACUGUGCCGCUUCUAAAUCUACCUGCAUGAUACUUCUUCUAGCAAAACAAGCAAAGUACCCCUAUCAGUAACAAGAACAUGACGUUUUGAACGUUGUUUCUGUCAGAUUUAUGGAA